AUGUUACCGGAAAUCUUUCAUUUAAUUUCUCUACCAUUUAAUAAAAAGAUAAAUCAAGUGAUUGAUGCAAAGUAUGACGAAGCUUACGAAAGGCUAAAGAAAAGUCGAAAAAUUCGUGUCAAACGAUCAUCAGAUACAGAAACUAAUGAUAGAAAUAAAAAAGCUUUUGUUCAACCGACUGAAGUGUUGAAAUUUUCAAUUCAAGACGCUGUGAUAAAAUCGCCAUUCGAAUCGGAAGAUAAAGAUACGAAAGAAAGUGAAAAUAAAAACAAGCGAGAGACUCCCGUUCCAGAUUCAACUCCAAUGGACUCUAAAAUCCACGUGACAAGUCCGAUGCGUAAUUAUCGUUCAACUAAACACGUUUCAUACGACGAGGUUUCAACUAAAUUGCAGAAAUUAAUCGAAAGUGCACUGUUUGAUGCAAUUCAAAAGGGAAAGGCGACUGAUGGUGAUUUUCUGAAAUUUUUUUAUGGUGAUAAAAUCAUUAAAGUUCCAGUGUCAAUGGCAAAGUAUUUAAACUUUAAUAAAAGCAAAGAAACAUUAACAUCACAUGUGACGAAGAAAGUUGUUGUUCCGCCACCGAAAGAAGAAAAUACUGUCGAAGAAUUGAAGCUUCUGACACCAAAUAAAGCUUAUUAUCCAAUAAGUAAUCAUGGAAUCAAAUUUGAAGCGACACCAACGUUCCUUCCUACAAUUGCGACAACAACAGAAAAAGCUGAAACAUAUGUAAACUUUGAGUCGCCAAUUUAUGUUAAACCACAACCUGAAAUUAAGGAACCAAUUGUGAUGGGAAAAUCAGUUUAUUUCUACAAGAAUGAUGAGAAUUAUGAUAAGAAAAAUUCAAUGACGUCUCCUGGUCCCGUGCUUUUUGAAGAUUCAAUUCCAACAACUCCUAGUCCAAUGAUAGUAGCACAUCUCACUAUGAAAACUACAUUUAUCAUCCACCAGUUAUUAGCAAGCCCAUUAAAUAUGCAACUCCUAUUAUAUCAUGUUUCUGAUUAUAAGACUGGAAACAACUUUGGUCACAAACUUUGGUCGCGUGCAGAUCGCUAA